GGGUCGGAGUGGUGGAGCUGCCUCGCUGUCCGCGUUCUCUGCUCCGGACGUGUCUACCGGCGCGGAGCCCCCACUGUCCCAGGCCGAGAAGGAGGACACCUGGCCGCGAGCGGCGGCUGGACUGGGUCACGCUGCUGCCGGCUGUGGAUUCUGCUCCUCCGCCGGCUGCUGUUUCUGGGAACCGGGCGCUAGCACUGAGGGGCUCCCUGUGGACAGUGACCCCCUUCCCCGGCUCCCCUGCCCACCCCGCCGGGGAGGGCGGAAGAUGCCGGUGAAGAAGAAAAGAAAAUCCUCCGGAGUGGCCGCGGCAGUAGCGGAAGACGGAGGCCUGAAGAAGUGUAAAAUCUCCAGCUAUUGCAGAUCACAACCUCCUGCUAGACUAAUAAGUGGAGAAGAACAUUUUUCAAGCAAGAAGUGCCUGGCUUGGUUUUAUGAAUAUGCAGGUCCUGACGAAGUUGUAGGGCCAGAAGGAAUGGAGAAAUUUUGUGAAGACAUUGGUGUUGAACCUGAAAAUAUUAUUAUGUUAGUUUUAGCGUGGAAAUUGGAGGCUGAAAGCAUGGGAUUUUUUACCAAGGAAGAAUGGUUAAAGGGAAUGACUUCGUUACAGUGUGACUGCACAGAAAAACUACAGAACAAAUUUGAGUUUUUGCGCUCACAGCUAAAUGACAUUUCUUCAUUUAAGAAUAUCUACAGAUAUGCCUUUGAUUUUGCAAGGGAUAAAGAUCAAAGAAGCCUUGAUAUUGAUACUGCUAAAUCUAUGUUAGCUCUUCUGCUUGGGAGGACAUGGCCACUGUUUUCAGUAUUUUACCAGUACCUGGAGCAAUCAAAGUAUCGUGUAAUGAACAAAGAUCAGUGGUACAAUGUAUUAGAAUUCAGCAGAACGGUUCAUGCCGAUCUUAGUAACUACGAUGAAGAUGGUGCUUGGCCUGUGCUUCUUGAUGAAUUUGUUGAGUGGCAAAAAGUCCGUCAAGCAUCAUAACAAGAACUAUUGUGAAGAAAAUGCAACCCUUUUGAUCCCAUGUGUAGACAAACUAAUGAGCUAAGAGGAACAAUCCAAAGGGUGCAUUUUCAUUCAUAUGAAAGACUCUUCGUAGUACUUUUUUUCCUUUUUUUUUAAAGGAAAUUUUCUUGUUACAUGUGAUGGGCAUUGAGUCACACCUCUUCUGAGACUGAAUAUUGAAAUUUUGCUUUGAGUUAUGUUUAUAACAUUUUAUUUCAGAACAAUAAAGAUUCAGAUUUGCGAUAAAGGCCUUAAAGUGAA